GCACAUGACCAAUGGAGCUGUUAUAGCUCGCUGUAGUCAGCCAGAGGUCGGUUGGUUUGGUUGGCGAAGUCAAGAGGAUGAGAGCCUUCUUCAUGCCUUAGGAAUAGCUUGUGCUACAGAGUCAGUGUCUGCUUCUUUAAAGAAGCAACUCAUUAAAGAGAUGGGUUUGAAGGAUCAUCACACAAAUGGUCACACAGAUGCCAUUCCCAAUGGGGAUGUAGUCCAUGAUAGUAGUGAUGAUGAUAAUGAUGGUGAGGGUAAAGAUGUUGCAGCAAAUGAUGCCAUUGGACAGCGCAAGGUUCUGAUAAUAGAUGCCAGGGCCUAUUCAGCCGCAGUGGUCAACAGGGCCAAGGGAGGAGGCUGUGAGUGUGAGGAGUACUACCCAGGUUGUGAAGUGUUGUUUAUGAAUUUGGCAAACAUCCACAGUAUAAGAAAGAGCUUCCAUAGUCUAAGAAUGUUAUGCUCAGGUCCAAGAGAAAAUCCCAAUUGGUGGUCCAGUGUGGAAAAGACACAGUGGCUCCACCACAUUUCACUCUUGCUAAAGGCAACCAACACUGUUGUGAAUGCUAUUCACAAAGAGCAGAGACCUGUUGUGGUUCACUGCAGUGAUGGCUGGGACAGGACCACUCAGAUUGUUGCUCUGGCAGAGCUAAUGUUGGACCCUUAUUACAGGACAAUUGAGGGCUUUCAGGUAUUGGUGACACGUGAGUGGCUGGAGUUUGGCCAUCGUUUUGCUGAUAGGUGUGGCCAUGGACACAAUCUUGAUGAGAACCAAAGAUGCCCUGUGUUCCUUCAGUGGCUUGAUUGUGUGCACCAACUCACUAGGCAGUUUCCUUGCUCAUUUGAGUUUAAUGAAACCUUUUUGGUAAAGUUGGCCCACCAUGUGUAUUCCUGUUUAUUUGGAACGUUCCUCUGCAACAGUGAAAAUGAACGCCUUAAAGGAAAUGUUCCCAGGAGAACAUUCUCAGUUUGGUCUUUCCUAAAAUUGAGACGAAAGGAGUUGAAGAACUACUUAUACUCCUCUUUGUCUGAACAGAUUCUUCAAGCUUCCCAUGAACCUCGCAGCUUACAGUUGUGGUCAACUGUGUAUACAGCACUCCCCACGCCUUAUGCAGAGUCCUUUAUGGAGAGUAACGACACCAGUGACUAUGGGGACUCUGUGAGCAGUGCAUGCGUCACCCCUGUUUCACCUGUUUUUCCCAAUAGUAUGGAGCAAGAUGAAAGACUCUUAGCAACCACUCACAUCUCUGAGUCAAAAUCUGAUGGAAGUCUAAUAUGUAAAGACUGUUUUGAAAAUCAGGAAGGACUUCAAAAUGAUAGUAAAGAGUUUGGAGGUGUAGACAAAGCUGUCAAAUCCAAGAGUUGUCACAACUGUAGGACAACCUUAUCACAGAAUCUUUCUGAGAGUAAAUCAACAACAAAGGACAUUAGUGACUCAGAGUCGUGUGAUUCUAAAAGUAUUUAUCUUAGCACUACAGAUUCAUGUGCAGCUGGAGUUGUUUCAUGUGAAGACUGUGUUAGUGAAAUUGAAAGCAGCAUGUCUAGUAGUACAGCUACAGUCAUUCUUGAGCCAAAUGAUGAGGCUAUCAGUGACAAUGGAGAAAAUUCCUUGUCAGAAAAACUUUUGGCUGGUGAGACCAAUGAAGAAGUUUUCUCAGCUGGAGAAAUAAAUUCAGUGGAUGAUAUGCAACCACAAGAAUCUCAUGAAUCCAAGUGUAUGAUAGAGGACCAUUCAAAAUGUUCUGCAAAUAUUUCUUGCGAUGAAGAGAUAAAGGAAUGUACAGAAAGUGGGCUUCCACCCUCCAGUUCAUCUAGUCAGUCAACACUUACCAGCAGUGUUCAAGAAACAAUACCAAGUACAACAACACUACGACCAAGUUCAUCUGAGCUCUUUACAAGAUAUCUGGAUGUAGAUGGUUUGACACACAUUGUUGAUCCAGUCCAGGAUAGGCUACGGCAGAUUGAAAUGGCUCAUCAAGCUAAAAUUGAGUCAUUACAGAGAAAACUUUUGGAUACGCAGAGCAGGCAGGCUGCUGUAGGAGAAAGAGGUACAUGUCUGUCGGGACAGACUAGCGACCUUGCAGAUGAAGUGUGCUCUUUACCAGAGUCAAAUGUUAGUGGGGACCAACCCCCUCUGUCCCUUGGCAGUGCUGAUGAGGGAAGUUGGAUCCAAGUGGAUGAGAAUGAGGCCCAGCCCACACUUUGGGUCCCAGAUCAUGCUGCUACCAGCUGUGCUAACUGUGAUACACAGUUCUGGAUGGCAAACAGAAAACAUCAUUGUAGGAACUGUGGUCUAGUGUUUUGUGGCACAUGUUCUGAGAAGAGAUUACCGCUACCAGACGAACAACUUUAUGACCCAGUCAGAGUGUGUUAUGCAUGCUUUGAGAAGCUUGUAACCCUUCAGGAACGGGAGAAUGGUGGGCGAAGGCAUCCUGAAGUAGCAGGCUCGUAAUUUGUGUGCACCAUUGAGACUAAGUAUUUACCUCCACAGACCAACUUGCUCAUGAGAAUUGCUAGGAACUUUGUUUCAGCCAGUGCUGAUUAGUUAGUAACAUUUUUGCAUUCUAGACAACAGUGGUGAGAAAACACUUGUAGCAUUGAAGUUAGUAUUGAAUGAGAGCAGAAGGAGUUUUUGUCAGUAAAAAUAAGUUAAAAAUUAAAUACUUGUAAAGUAAUCUAGUCACUACCAGUUAGUUAAAAUGAAAAUUUUCCAAUUUGUUAGAAAAUAAAUCGGCAGAGAUCGGUGAGGAAAAAUACUAAGAUUACACUGCCCAGAGGCAAACCUUUAUUAAUUUUUCAAGCCUUGUGAAUAACCCUGAUUAACUCCCCACUUCUAUUUUUCAUAGUCUUACAUCAAACGUUCUGUUAUAGUCAGAUUAUUGAUGAUUUUUUGGUAUGACCGAGGUUUUGUUUGUAGCAGUUUGUAUGAGCAAGUUGGCUUAAAACAAACUUAGAUGUUGACUGAUCUGAUUAUUAGGACUGUUUUGUUCAUGUUAAAAAGAAACAGAACAUUAAUAUUAGCAAAAGAAUUAUUUAUGUUACAGAAUUUUUCUAAUAGUAUGGUAUCUAAAUUGUUUAUAGUUUCCAAACUAUAUUUCUUUGAUAGUUUCCAAAGGGCCUUUUUCUGUAUUUUUUUCUCUUGUACAGAUUUUGGUUUCUGGUAUUGUAAUUAGGUUUCUUGUAAAGAAAAUGUUACGAAAGACCUGUUCGUAAGUAGCUCACCAUUUCCUUGGGGAGGAAUUUGGAAUUGAACGAACUCUUCUUUGAUGAGUAAAAUUUUACUCUAAUUUGGAGACGAUGGCUGAGGAUAAACUUUUUUUCUCCGUGUAUUACUUAAAAUCCUCUUCACAAGGCUGGCCACCUUAAUUUUAUGACUGGUCAAAUGUUUUCGUUUCAAUUGGGUCAUUAAAUCAUCUUCUUACUUCCAGACUCAGCCUGUAAAACAAGUGAAGUUCUAUACGUCAACUCUGUAGAAACAGGGCUUAUCGAUAGAAGCUCGGGUAUUCGUUAGCACUUCGGAAGCCCUGACGUCACCAAGCAGUCUUAAAGAGCUGUCUUAAAAUUACAGUGGGCUUAUUUGGAUCAAACGUUAGAUGUGCUCGCUUUACAGGCUGGAAAUAUCAACUCUGUGCUGGAAAUAACCUGUUGGCUAGAGAGCAAUACUGUUUUCGAGGAAUUACGAGCUCAGCAAACACAUGUUUUGGUUAGCUUGGCUAGGAUAAACGUUAAGUAUGAAUUAGUGUUCAAUUUGAACAAAAGAAUAGUUUAGGCAGGCGAUCAGCAAAGAGAAGGUGCCCGUCUUGGUUUGUGUCGCGCGAGUUAUUUUCCGCGCCAGCCUUUGCUUGCAUUUGAUUUCUUGGAAUCGUUGCGUUUGCUUAAGUUCGUAAUUCCUUCUCGUCCAAAUGUUUUUCUAGUCAUCGAGGAAGUCUUCUUAAUUAGUCUUCUAGUCUUGGUGUAGUUGAAAAAAUUAGAAAUACAAUUGUGUCAUCGUUGUUUAAUAAAAGUCACGUAACGUGAAUAAAGGUCUAUGUCUUGUU